CAAGGAAUUUUUUACGUAUUGGGUAGCUCACCACCAGUCUAUCUGUAAUUGUGGGAAGUUUCAAGAUGGCGCUGUCCUCGGGACAAGACAUUUGAGUGUACUCAAGGGAAAAAAUCUAUUUCUCUUCUUCUGUUUGAGACAUAUUUUUCCAAAGAUGACUACAGCUGUAGUAAGACAGCAUCCACAUAAUCAUCAUGUUUAAACACUUUCUGCGGUCAAACCGCAUGCUUGGUAUAAAUUGUGUCUUUUGUAACCACCACCCGUGUUACAAAACUGCAACUGCACAGUUGAUGUGUAGACUCCAAACCAGCUGUCAAGUGGUAUGCGCAUCACGGACGAUUGACUCUGACUUUUCACGUCGGGCCAAUACAGGAAUUGCAACACCUUUGCAGUUAUCUGAGAAUUAUGUGAGAAGAAUAUCUCACUCUCAGGAAAUCUAUUUGCCAAGGAUAAAUUUAGAUGGUAGAACUACAAAACGGGAAUGGAGAGACCGUGAAGCAAGAAGAGUGUGUUCUCAGGUUCCAGUUUAUGCUGCUCCAGCAUUAAAAAGUCCAUAUGAGAUUACUUUGAACAAAGGAUUAAAAUUAUCAAGAUUUCUAAUCAGGGAGUACCAUGCUCUUGCAAGACUACUUCAGCGAUCAGCUCCCAAUGGUACAGCUGUGCAACACAUUGGCUUAGAGAAUAUCAGUUUCUUCAGCACAUCAUCUUGGCAGAAUCAGCAACAUGAUGACAGGAAUCAAGAUAGAAAGGAUGAGGAAGAAGAUGCAGCUAAGCGAGGCAGUGAAGGGGAUAAUAUACGUAUGUUACUGGUCCUGAUGUUGAUCCUAACACUCCUUAACUUCCUCUCCAAAGAAGAUGAAGCACAGAGCAUCUCAUGGCAGACAUUCAUCAAGGAGAUGCUGAUGAAAGGAGAGGUCAAAUAUGUCUCUGUGACUUACUAUGAUUCUGAUGGAAGUGGUAAAAGCACCAAUCCUGAAUCAGACGUGGUUCAUGUUUAUGCUCAUGAUGGAGCUAUCAUCAAUGGCAGAGAGGUCGGGCGAGGUCAGCCUAAUCAUUUCCGUAUGAGAGUUGGCAACAUUGACAAGUUUGAAGCCAAACUGAGACAGGUGGAGGACAGCCUAGGUAUAGCGCUUCAUGACAGGAUUCAGAUCAAAUACAAGCAUGUGACUAGUGACGGGCUGUCUGGCAUCCUAGGCACCUUGUUGAUUAUGGCUGUCAUCUUCUACAUCAUCCGCUCGGCUAUGAGAGGAGGAGGAGGGAUGAAUACAUUCACUCAAAUGACUAAGGCCCGCUUCACUCUGGUAGAGGAGGGUGGGUCAAAGGGUGUGACCUUUAAAGAUGUCGCUGGCCUAAAGGAGGCAAAGACAGAAGUCAUGGAGUUUGUGGAUUACUUGAAACGACCUGCUAAGUAUCAGGAGCUGGGAGCAAAGGUCCCUAGAGGUGCCCUGCUGCUAGGCCCACCAGGCUGUGGGAAGACACUCCUUGCUAAGGCAGUGGCCUCUGAGGCUAAUGUUCCCUUCCUAGCCAUGGCGGGGUCAGAGUUUGUGGAGAUGAUUGGAGGUCUUGGAGCAGCGAGGGUUAGGAACCUGUUCAAAGAAGCAAGGAAGAGGGCGCCCUGUAUUGUCUACAUUGAUGAGUUAGAUGCUAUUGGCAGAAAGAGAACUGACAAUUUUUCUCUGGGGAGUUCUGGUGAAGAAGAACAAACACUGAAUCAGCUUCUUGUCGAGAUGGAUGGCAUGGGAACGCAGAAAGGUGUCAUCAUGUUGGCGUCAACAAACAGAGCAGACAUCCUGGACAAGGCACUUUUGAGGCCAGGACGGUUUGACCGUCACAUUCUGAUUGACUCUCCCACUCUGAUUGAGAGGAAGGAGAUAUUUGAAGUCCACCUCAAGAAGCUGACAUUGGAAAAUAAGCCAGAGUCCUACUCCAAAAGGCUUGCUCAGCUCACACCUGGAAUGAGUGGUGCUGACAUAGCCAACAUCUGCAAUGAAGCUGCACUUCAUGCUGCUCGGGAAAACAAGAAACUGGUCAGUGGAGAGGAUUUUGAGAGCGCCAUUGAGCGUGUCAUCGCCGGAGCCACCAAAGUCAACCGAGUUAUGUCGGAAGAGGAGCGUUGUGUUGUUGCAUUUCAUGAAUCGGGUCAUGCAUUAGUUGGAUGGUUACUGGAACAUACAGAUGCUUUGAUGAAGAUAUCUAUUGUACCACGAGCUAGUGCUGCACUAGGCUUUGCCCAGUACUUACCUUCUGAUCAGAAACUCUAUUCAACAGAUCAGCUUUUAGACCGCAUGUGCAUGGCUCUCGGUGGACGAGCAGCUGAGGCUCUGGUUUUCAACAAGGUCACCACAGGUGCACAGGAUGACCUGAAUAGAGUCACCAAGAUGGCAUACGCCCAAAUCCAAUCCUAUGGAAUGAACGAUAGAGUGGGUCAGGUCUCCUUCCCUGAUGGUAAAUCCAGUGAACUGGGAACAAGGCCAUAUAGUCAGAUGCUACAAGGAAUCAUUGAUGAGGAGGCUCGUAAGCUAGUCACCAAUGCAUACCGAAGGACCGAGACACUUCUGUCAGACAACAUGGACAAGUUGAGAUUGCUGUCAACUGAACUACUGAAGACAGAGGUCCUAAACUAUGUGGAUGUUGAGGCGUUGUUAGGACCACCUCCAUUCGGUCCCAAGAAGCAGAUAAACCUGGAUGAGUUUGAUGUGCUUGGUGAUCAUGACGACAGUGACAAUGGCAAUGAUCCGCCAAAAGACCCAAAGGAAGACAAAGAAGAGGAAGAACCUAAUGCAUAUGCAUAGCAAUCACAUAAUUAUGGAUUUAUUCAUUCCCAUAUUCAAGAAGUAUGAAUAUUCAUGAGAGAUUGAUAAAUCUGAACAUAUAUGGCAUCUUCAGUUAGGGUUGUUAUAGUUGUGCAUAAAGUUUCCAGGUUUAUUGAAUAAUUAUUCUGUAUAUAAAUUACAAUUAAUUAAUAUUUUAUUCUGAAUGUAAUAAAAAUGUGGCCUAGGUAAGUUUAAACUAUUACAGUACAGGAAAUUAGACUGAUCACUGUACAAAGGGAAUUUUUCUGCUGGAAAGUUAUUAGAUUUUCUUUUUCAGAUCUUGAUGUGUUUUGUUCAAAAAUCUGUACUUUUUUUAUAUGUCACCUCUUGCUUUUGGUAUCCCUUAAAUGUUUGACACCUUAUCUCUCUCAUUGAGUGACAGUGGUCAGUAUUAAUGAAUAUGAUGAUGACUCGGCCAUGUCUUGUCCUGUUUGCCGCCGCUGAGUAGCGAUGGUAGUGGGAGGAUGGAGGGGGACAGAGUCAGUUUUGUAAAUGGGCGUGUACUUUUUUUCAUUGGAGCAUCAACAAAAUGGAGUUGUCAUUGUCUCCGUUUCCUGCCUUGCUAGUUGCUAGUCAUGCUGUGUCGCAUGUUACGGAUACAUUUCCAGAAUUUUUUACUGGGGUCCAAAGUAAGGUUUCUAAUGGCAACCUGUUGUCAUAGUUAAAUGACUUACAUAGUAGUGUGCUUUGUAGAUGAGUCAAAGUCAGAUGUAUUUCUGAUUGAAGUUCAGUUUUUGCAGAUGGCUUUGUAUAAGAAAUAAUGGAAAAUUUUUAACUUUUUCAAGAAAUCUCAUGUUUCAUUUAUCGCGUUGUCCAUGUAAUGUAACUGGUAAUUAAAAAGGUCAUAGUAAUCGGAUAAAUGUUUUCCCCAAAAAAAAUCCUAGAACAGUUUUCUACAAAACCUUUUUCUUUCAAUUGAUUUUAUUAAGUGAUGCCUUUGAAGGACCUUGUAAUAUUCAGUUUCCAGUCUGUACCUGAAACAAGAGUAAAAGUCGAUACUUUAUCUCAGUUGCAUGUAUAUAGAAAACUGCUAUUGUUUCAAGAUCUAAAGCUUAUGUGAAUGCAACUGAAGAACAUUUCUUCCCUGAUAGUUUGUUUCUUCUUUCAAGCCGUAUAUUAUGUUCUGAAAACAAGAAUAUUUGUGAAGUGAAAAUAAAAGUUGCCAGAUUAAAAUGGUUUUCCUAA